AUGAAAAUUUUGAACAAUCAACAAGAUCAACAAUCAGUAUCAAUUGUUCCCAGUGGAAUUUAUACGGGUCAUGAAUAUGAACCACAAGGAAUAGAUGAAGGUCGAUCCUCAUUAAGUAGUAGUUCACGAAGUGAUCUAACUCAAUUACCAUCAUCCAAGCAUAUUUUAACAGCGGUGGAACGUUAUAGUACCGAUGAUUCUAAUAAUAGCAUUUCUGGUACAAAACAAAUCACCAAUGAUGCUACCACUAAACUAAUCAUGCAAAGGUACAAAAUCAAAUCAUCUCAUUAUCCAUCGCCAGGUAUAAAUAAACGGAACUACUCAACCGGACAAUCUAUGGAUCAUAACAUGCAAUGGGGAACUUCUGUUGAUUCUGGAACCGGUUUCAGUGAAGGAACAAUAGUAACUAAUGGUGAUCAAACAGUCAGUACAUCAACACCAAAGACUAUCCGUAAGUGGAAAAAAACGAAAACAGUCAAGCAAUGUUCAUCUAGUCGAUCUGAUAAAACACCUUCACAACAUUCAUCUGCAUUAGGUCAAAAAAUCGUCGAUUAUCCGACAAGUGGUGAUGGUGAUAUGGUUCCAUUGAUUAUCAGACUAUGUGUAAGAGUUGUGGAAGCAAAUGGUAUGGAUACGGUAGGCAUUUAUCGAAUUCCGGGUAACACGGCUGCUGUGAAUGCUUUGAAAGAAACACUCAAUAGUGGUUUUGCAAAUAUUGAUUUUACGGAUUCAAGAUGGAAUGAUGUAAAUGUUGUUAGUAGCUUACUGAAGAUGUUCUUACGUAAAUUACCGGAACCAUUGCUAACAGAUAAAUUGUAUCCAUUUUUUAUUGAUGCUAAUCGAAUUGCUUCUCAUCCACAACGAUUACGGAAACUUCGUUAUUUGACUCGUAAACUUCCUUCUGCUCAUUAUCAAACAUUGAAAUAUUUGAUGGGACAUUUAAGAGCAGUGGUUGAACAUAGCGAUAUCAAUAAGAUGGAAACACGUAAUUUGGCACUAAUGUUUGGUCCAUCGAUUGUAAGGCCUAGCGAUGAUAAUAUGGCUACAAUGGUGACACAUAUGUCUGACCAAUGCAAGAUCAUUGAAACAUUCAUUACUUAUUAUGACUGGAUGUUUGAUGAUAAUAAUACAGCGGAGGAUGAAGUCCCACCGCAGAUUUCCACAUUAAAUGAUUCUGCUAUGGGCAGUAAUCUUGCAACUGGUAGUGGUGAAAAUGAUUCUGGUAUUAUGGCUACAUCAUUCAAUGAUAUGCAUAAUUUAAUUAGACGGGUUAAUGAGGCCGAAGCUAUCGCCGUAAUGGAUGCGCAAAAAAGUGGAAAGAUAAAGCAAAUUUUGAAUGUACGACGUAAUUCGAAACGUGAAAAGCGCAAAAAAGCACGUGAUCAUUCGAUUUAUGCUUCAAGCAUUGCAUCUACUCAAAAUGUUAGCAAAAUCACAGAUAGUGCUGCUAACACAUGCGAACAAUCAGUUAUGGGAGUUUAUCAGGAACGUGAUAUCGAUGCCGAAAUAGCCUCACGUCAGCAUCAGCAACAAACUCCAGUCAGUUCCACUCAACCGUACGCUGGUACCAGCUCAUCGGCUGAUCAUUCGCCUUCACUUGGUUCAUCGCAUGAUUCGGCAUCUCAAACAGUAAUCUCUCCAUUCAGUUCAUGUAAAAUAAAAGAUGGAAAUGCAGAGAAUAUACAGAAUUACAAUGAAGUGGACGAAAUGAGACGUCGAAGACAAAAGGAAAUUUAUUCUGCACGACGGAUUUUUAUUGCUGGUACUGAUGCGGAUCUGGAUGAUUAUGCUGAUCUGGAUGAACUCGUCAAUCAUUCCCGACAUCUGAAUUUGGCAUCUUCGCCCACUCUUGAUGUUUUGAGCGCUGAAACACGUGAGAAGAUUCGGCGCCUACAACAACUCCAAGGAUGGGCUUCUACUGCACUCGAAAGACGUGACGUUGAAGUGGGAAUGAAGACAAAACGUUCUUUAAAACAAAAGACUCAUGGCGAGAAAUCAACGCCAUCAAUGAAGACAACAGCAGAAGAUUUUUCAUCCACAGAUGCUCUUUCAUUAACAUCUGAUUAUAGUACGACAUCAUCUGCACCUUUGACAGUUCCUGUUACCAUUUCUUGCGUUGAUCAUUUGGCUGCUGCAAGUAGUGAUUAUGCAUCCAGUGAUUUAUCACCAUAUACCCGUAAUGCUAGUGCAUCACCUAGGCAUCCUGAUUUAGAAGCUAUAGAAACAACGCAGCUUAAUUUUUCCUCCGAAGUUUCUGGUCUUUUCAACCGAUCUCAUCAUGGAGCGCCAUCAUCCAUUAGUGAAGAUUGCUAUAGUAGUUCAAGAGAUCCAGAAGAUGCCAUACUUGAGAUACCUUCAUCAUGCCAAUAUCUAUUUAUCACUGAGAAGAAACGUUCAGAAAGUCAGCCAAAGCUUCAUCGAUCUCAUGUAGCAUUUUCGGAAUCCGAAAUGGCGGAUGGAAUACCAACUCCAACAGUUCAAUACAGUGAAAAAAAUCAUCUAGUGAUGGAUCUAAAAUGA